UCCUUCUCUCUAUUUUGAGGCCACCAAAUCCCUUUUCAUUUGAAAAAAGCUUUGAUUCACUCAAUUAUAUAGAUUAAACACAAACAAAAUUACAAAAUGUUGUCUUUUCAUUGCAUUUGAAUCAUCCAACUUUCCAUCAUCCAACGUUCCUAAUUUAUCUUCUUUCUUCCUCUUUUUCUGUUGUUAAGGAUUUUGCUGUUUCCUUUUACAAUUUUUUCAAGAACUUAAAAAAGAUCUGAUUUUUAAGGCUAAGUUCUCUUAUCCAUAUGUUAAUUCAUAAUCUUUCUGUAUAAAGCUUCAAAAUUUGCCUUUUUUUAAUCAGUUUAUUUUCAAGAAUCUGAUGCCCCACAAAUAUCCAUUCCUAUUAAGGCCCUAAAAAGUUGACCAUUUGUGUUGUUACAUCUAUUUUCACAUACCCUUUUGAUUAAUCUUUGCAAAAAUGUAUGGAACACAAAGUAGAAGAAAAGAUUUGGAAUUUGAAUACCAUCCUCAAAUUCAGAUAUUGAGGCCAAGUAUUCAUUCAAGAAGGGAAAAUAUAACUGUGAAAUUUCAAGAUCUAUAUGGUUUCACAGUUGAAGGCAAUGUUGAUGAUGUUAAUGUGUUAAAUGAGGUUAGGGAAAAGGUUAGGGAACAAGGGAGGGUUUGGUGGGCAUUGGAAGCUAGUAAAGGUGCAAAUUGGUAUUUGCAAACACAAGUUACAUCAACCCUUAAAACAUCCUUAAAACUGUCUGCUUUGGUGAAUGCAAUUACUUUGAAGAAGCUAAUUAGGAAAGGGAUACCACCUGUGUUGAGGCCUAAGGUGUGGUUUUCACUAUCAGGGGCUGCUAAGAAGAAAUCAACCGUGCCUGAAAGUUAUUAUCAAGAUUUGACCAUGGCUGUUGUGGAUAUGCACACACCUGCAACAAAACAGAUUGAUCAUGACCUCCCACGAACCUUUCCUGGUCAUCCCUGGUUGGACACUCCUGACGGUCAUUCUGCCCUUAGGCGGGUUCUUGUUGCCUAUUCCUUCCGAGAUUCUGAUGUUGGCUACUGCCAGGGAUUGAACUAUGUUGCAGCAUUAUUGUUGCUUGUGAUGAAAACUGAAGAAGAUGCUUUCUGGAUGCUUGCUGUCCUUUUGGAGAAUGUCUUGGUUAGUGAUUGUUAUACUAAUAACUUGUCCGGAUGCCAUGUUGAGCAAAGAGUCUUCAAGGAUCUACUAACCAAAAAAUGUCCAAGGUUAGCCGCUCAUUUGGAUUCUCUAGAAUUUGAUGUUUCUCUUGUUUGCACUGAGUGGUUUCUCUGCCUUUUCUCCAAAAGUUUGCCUUCUGAGACAACUUUGCGGGUAUGGGAUGUCCUCUUCUAUGAAGGCGCUAAGGUUCUAUUUCAUGUAGCAUUGGCAAUUUUCAAGAUGAAUGAAGAGAAGUUGCUGGUAGCACAUCAUGUGGGGGAUGUAAUUAGUAUCAUACAGAGAAGCACUCAUCACCUUUUUGAUCCUGAUGACUUGUUGACGGUUGCUUUUGACAAAGUUGGCUCUAUGACAACAACUACUAUAUCAAAACAGAGGAAAAAGCAGGAACCAGCAGUAAUGGCAGAGCUCGACCAGAGAUCCAGACGGUUAAAUUCUGUAAAUCCAGAUGAAAAACGGUAGUUUUUUAUAUGGAAACCUAGUAAUUAUAGCAUAUGUAAAAUAUGUAACCGUGUCAGGGCGUGCUGCCCUUGCUAGGAGAUGAACCUUUUGCUCACAAAACAAUGAGCAAUGACCGCGGCUUGGAGAGAAGUAUGCUUGUUUAUUAAGUUGUAGGUGUUACAGAAGUGUAAAUGUAAUCUGAAAUGUUGCUGUAUUUUAGUUAUCCUUUUAUUCUUUA